GUUGCUCCACCCUUUCCUUUAGAGGAAGUUAGCUCAUUAGUUAAUUAUCCUUCUGCUAAUUACAUGCUGGAAUGUUCAGGGUUGCACAUGAAUCAUGCACGUUUCAACACUUAGGUGGUUCUGAAGAAUUUGGUGGCAUUUGAGUGGUUGCUCUUUGGAAUAAAUACGUGCUAUUUUAAGGAUGUUUUCCCACUGGCAAAAUACACAGUUUUAACCCGAUCUCAUCUUUUCACCCCUCAGUUUUAAUGCACUUUCUAACCCUCCUUGUAAAUUUAUGUUCAGUAACUGAAGCUGCAUGUGAUUUUAGGUCUCCUGAUCUGCUGUCAAGUGUGAUGUUCUAUUCAGGCACCAGUAAAAUGUAAACCAGCAACUGUUAGUGUAAGAAUAGUGUGUUUGGAGACUUCCCCAUUUUUUCUUCUUUUCCUGCCUGGGGAUGGCCACUAAGGACCAGACAGUUGCAGUGAGCGAUACUGCAAGAGACAUUGUGAACACUCUUUGGAGCACUUUGAUACUGUUUAAUGAGAAGAAUGAAUGCACGUUGUUCAUUAAGUGCUAUGGAGACUUAAACUUGAAAAGCCAAAUCACGUUUGCUUCAGUUGCUAAUAGCUGUGCCAAGAUUUUUUUGAGAAGACUGUUGUUUUCAGGGAGUAGAAUAAAGUAAAGAGAUGGAAGAAAACAAGCAAAACCCAAACCAAAAGCAGGAGGAGGGAUUCACAUGUCAGGAGACAUGGGUUUGUGGUCCAAAGUGUAGAAGGCUGAAAUAGGCUUUCUAGAAGUCAGAGGCAGUUUCAUACCUUUGUGGCAGCCUGCCUGUUCUGAGUCUGUUACCUGAAGCCUUUUCCUGUUUUGGGGUAAGUUCAAGAAACUUUGUUACCGCUAUUGAAAGUCAUUCAUAGAACAGCCUUACAAAGCCACCACUUUCAUUUCCAGUGUUAGCACACAGAGUUAGUUAGAAACUGACUUUCAUAGCUUGUGGUAAUUAUAAACUGACUAGCAAUUACCUCUUACUAAAGGCAUCUAUGAACUGAUUAAAUGAGACCCCUUUCUACUCAGCUUUGAUAUCUGAGUUUUUUCAACCAGCUCUUCUAUCAAAGGUGACCUGAGCAAUCCAGGGCUGAUAAAUAGUUUAUGAAGAAGUCAGUAUCUUGUUGUUGUGGCUGUGGUGCAAUCUGCAUUGACAAGAAGGGUAUCUGCUUACUCAGUCCCUGGGAAGGAAGGAAGAAAAUGAGCCUGAAAUCUGAACGCAGAGGGAUUCACGUUGAUCAGUCGGAGCUACUGUGCAAGAAGGGAUGUGGUUACUAUGGCAAUCCUGCUUGGCAGGGUUUUUGCUCCAAGUGCUGGAGAGAGGAAUACCAUAAGGCCAGGCAGAAACAGAUUCAAGAGGACUGGGAGCUGGCAGAGCGGCUUCAACGUGAGGAAGAAGAAGCGUAUGCCAGUAGCCAGAGUACCCAAGGGGCACAGUCACUCACCUUUUCCAAGUUUGAAGAAAAGAAAACCAAUGAGAAAACACGGAAAGUCACUACUGUGAAGAAGUUCUUCACUGCUUCUUCGAGAACAGGAGCUAAGAAGGUGGCUCAAGAGAAAGGCGUUAAGCAAGGACAGCUUGGGAGGGAGCGAAAUGCUGAUAACAUUCUCAGGGAUUUGAAGGAGAUUUUUACUCCCUCCUGGGAACUGGCUUCCCCUACUGAAGCAGAGAUCCAAGAAGCCAAGGCUCCCAGCCCUUCUAUAAACAGGCAGGCUAGCAUCGAGACGGAUCGAGUAUCCAAGGAAUUCAUAGAAUUCCUCAAGACAUACCAUAAGCCUGGACAAGAUAUCUAUAAGCAAUGUAAACUCUUUUUGGACACCAUGAAUCAUAAAAGGGACUUAAGUAUUGAGGAGCAAUCUGAAUGUGCUCAGGACUUCUAUCAAAAUGUAGCAGAGAAAUUACAGACACGUUGGAAAGUGCCCCCUGAAAAAGUGGAGAAAGCAAUGGAUCAGAUUGAAAAAUACAUUAUGACUCGACAGUAUAAAUACGUCUUUUGCCCUGAAACAACUGAUGAUGAGAAGAAAGAUCUUGCUGUCCAAAAGAGAAUCAGGGCUUUGCACUGGGUAACUCCACAAAUGCUCUGUGUUCCUGUCAAUGAAGAAAUCCCAGAAGUCUCUGAUAUGGUCGUAAAAGCAAUUACAGAUAUCAUUGAAAUGGAUUCAAAGCGUGUCCCUCGUGAUAAACUAGCAUGCAUCACCAAGUGCAGCAAGCAUAUAUUUAAUGCAAUAAAAAUCACAAAAAAUGAACCAGCUUCUGCUGAUGACUUUCUUCCAACACUUAUAUACAUCGUUUUGAAGGGAAACCCACCCCGUCUGCAGUCUAACAUCCAGUAUAUCACACGCUUCUGUAAUCCAAGCAGGUUAAUGACAGGAGAAGAUGGCUACUAUUUUACGAAUCUGUGCUGUGCCGUGGCCUUCAUUGAAAAACUGGAUGCUCAGUCUUUAAACCUAAGCCAAGAAGACUUUGAUCGUUUUAUGACUGGUCAGACAUCGCCGAAGAAGCAAGAAUCUGACAGUUUCUCACCUGAUGUGUGCCUGGGUGUUAAGCAGAUGUAUAAAAACUUAGACCUCCUGUCUCAGUUGAAUGAGAGGCAGGAAAGAAUUGUCAGUGAAGCCAAGAAGCUUGAGAAAGACCUAAUAGAUUGGACUGAAGGAAUUACAAAGGAAGUCCAAGAUAUUGUUGAGAAAUAUCCAUUAGAAAUAAAACCAAAAAGUCAAGCCUUAGCAGCUAUUGACUCUGAAAACGUGGAGAAUGACAAGCUGCCCCCGCCACUGCAGCCUCAGGUGUAUGCAGGAUAAUUAUCAGUAUUACCCUUGAAAAGCAGCAUUAUCCUCACCUAGUACUAUCUGCUACUUGGGAAGGGAAGUAAAUUUAAGGCUAAAAAUCAGAUGAGCUUAAAUCAGUACAUUUUUAAAGGUACAUUUUUGUUUUGGUUAAGUGUAAUGAAUUGUAUUUAUUUUAGUCAGGUGGAUUUCUAUUAGGCUUUUGUGGGUUUUUGAACUGAACUUCAAUUUUCUACACAAACUGGUGUAAUUUUUAAGCAACACUAGUCCGUUGACAUCUUUCCUGAAAGCUUCCUUCUAGGCAUGCACUUACUUGUUUUUAAUGGUUAGUUUAACUUGAAUUCAGGUUCCAGCAGAAACUUGAAUGGCACCAAUGUUAGCCUGAAUUUCUUCUGUAGCUGUAAAGAUGAAAUAUAUAUUGUAAAAUAUGUAAAAUUGUAAAUAGAUUUCAAAUCUAAAGUCUCAGCUGUGCAUGACAUCUUGUGUUGGAGUGAAAAUGAUAGCCAAGUGUUCAUUUUAACACCUUGCGGUUAAAUCCCAUUGCAGUAUAAAGGCAAGUACACUGUUACUGUUCAAUGAGAUAGAUGGUAUUGACUGAAUUAGAGGAAAUUGUAAUGAUUUGAAAACUUCACACUAAUCUCAAAAUCUGCUCUGUAAAAAAAAAAAAAGUGCUAUUUAAAAGAUUAUAUUUCUUCAUGUGAACGUUCUCUCUGCUUUGUCAGUGCCCUGAUGGCCUUCAGUGGUACACAUAGUGCUGGUAUUACUGCUUUUGAAGAGGAUGUUGAGCCAGGCUUCAGAAAUAGGAAGAAAUAUUUGUGUUGAAAAUACAAAUUUGUAAGGAGGGGGAGGAGAUAGUGCAAGAGUUGCAUCAGAAGUGGCUUUUCUGGCAUCGCCUAGUAACUUCCAUCAGUGGGCUAGGACUUGAUUGCUCUAUUGACAAUCCUGCUAGAUAAAUAAGUUCAUAUGAUUAGAGGUUGCUUUUUAGAAGCAGCAUGAGCAGAAAAGUGCACUUUACUUUCAGGAAACAUCAGUCUUUUCUGAUCUUUAGUGGUCCUCUUUAGCAAAAAGACUUCCCUUGCUAAAGCACUGAGCAUCAAGGUAAAUAGGGCUUUAUGCCGCUACAAGUUUAGAUUGGUGUAUUUCAAGUUAAGACUCACACUGCAGAAAGUAACCUCUUGCAAUAUAACUUUUUUAUGCCAGUGAAACAUUUAUAUAUCAUUUGAAGUAUCUUCCAGUUCAUCCAGUCUGCCGUGGCUUAUUGGUGUACCUGAGAUAUCCUACGUAAAGCAACUUAGCUUGAACUACAAUGUUAAAUUCUUACCAUCAAGGAGGGAAGUACCUGCCUCUUUCUUAUGUUCCACUGCUUUACAAACCCUGCCAUUGGAAACUUCCACUGCAAUAAUUUCAGACCGCAACUGUGAUUUGUCCCUUGUAUUUAGCCUUACGAACUAUGCAUUCCUAGUGUUCCAGAGAUAACUAGUUACCCAAAACUUCACUGCUGAGGGGAAGCAAUGUGUUAAUCAGAUGAUCACAAGAAGUCAGAUUAUUUAACAUAUCCAUGUGUCACUGCGCCCAAAUUGCUUAGGACCUGACCAGUGCUUGCAGUAAAUAAUACUGUAAAGUCUUUAUUUUCUUUAUAAACAGUAGGUGCUAAUUCUUAUAUCCAGGUACACCGGUUUUCCCAGGGGAAGAAAAAACCACCAAACUUUGAGCUAUUGUGUAAAUUGCCAUGUUUAAAUAAAAGUGUGUAUGUUAUUCCCUUGUUAA